AUGCAUGCAGCAACGCAGGGGGCCCCCCUGCUACCACAGGGGCCCCCUGGGGGGCCCCCCUGGGGGCCCCCCGGGGCCCCCGCAGGAGAGGGUACAGCUGAGAUGCCGCUGUAUUAUAAACGUAAGAAAAACACGCCAGAGCCCCUCUUGCUUCAGCAACAGCAGCAGCAGCAGCAGCAGCAGCAGCAGCAGCAGCAGCAGCAGCAACAGCAGCAGCAGCAGCAACAGCAGCAGCAGCAGCAACAGCAGCAGCAGCAACAGCAGCAAAUUGGAGACGUAUGA